AUGGAAAAAUUAUUACACUGGUCUAUUGCUAAUUCCCAAGGAGAUCAACAAACGAAGGAGAGGGUUGGACAACCUGAUCCCAAAUUGUUAGAACAGUUAUUUGGUACUGGUCCUGAUGAGCCCACUCUAAUGAAACAAUCUAUGACUGUUAUAACUAAUCCCGAGGCAGACUUAGAAAAUAAACUUACGGCUUUCGAUAAUUUUGAAAUGUUGAUUGAAAAUAUGGAUAAUGCCAAUAAUAUCGAGAACUUAAAGCUAUGGAAUCCGCUUUUGCAACAGUUAGAGUCUCCUGAAACUGAUUUGAGGACGUAUGCUCUUUCAUGUGUGGGUACGGCUUCUCAAAAUAACGUAAAGACCCAAGAUGACUUUUUAAAAUACGAUGGUGGCUUACGAAAGGUCAUAGAAUUGGCAAGUGAUAUCAAUGAACCUAAUGAAGUUCGUACAAAGGCUCUGUAUGCUCUGUCCAAUUUGAUCAGAAACCAUUCAAAGAGCAGUGAAGCCUUUUGUGAAUUACGUGGUUUAGAAGUUAUCCCACCAAUCGUUCACGAUACUAAAGCCAACAACAAAUUGAAGAUGAGAGCUAUUUCCCUACUAUCUGCCUUUUUAACUUCUUCUACUAUCAAUGAAGGACUAAUGGAUCUCUUGAGAAAAGAAGGUAUUGUGGAAUCUACCAUUGAUUGUUUAAAUAUGCCAUUCGAUGUAUACAUCGCGGAUAGAGUAUUAAACAUUUUAGCUCAAAUGGUUACCGCCAACGUCCAAUUUACUGAUGGAGAAAAACAGAAGUUACAAGCUGGGAUGCAGAGCAUAGAACCUGAACAGGACAGAUUGAAUGAAGAUGAUCUUCAAACGGUCAAGUAUGUAUUAUAG